CAUGGUGAAGCUGGGCUUCAGCUUCGGGAAGUUUGGCAGAGACUACGGGUACCAGGAUGGGGUUACCAUGGACAGCGUCCCUCUGAUCAGCCCCCUGGAUGUCAGCCAGCUCCAGCCACCAUACUCUGACCAGCUCAGGGGCCUCCCGGGUCGUCUCUGUGCACAGGUGGUCAUCAAGACACAGACGGAAUAUGGACUGCCCCCCGCAGAACCGAUGAAGAAGUUCCCAGACCUGGAGGCCCAGAAGCUGGCCUCCACCAACCUGGACGAAGGACGCGGGAUGCCCCCGGCCCGUAUGCUGGCCUUCGCCAUGGCCAUCAUGGGCUGCCUCCUGAUCAUGUACAAGGCGCUCUGGUAUGACCAGUUCUCCUGCCCAGAAGGCUUCCUGGUUCGGCACAAGAUGUGCACCCCGAUGUCGCUGGAGAUGUACUACGCCGAGAUGGGCCCCGAGCGCCACCGCAGCAUCCUGGCGGCCAUGGGCGCCUAUCCGCUCAGCCGUAAGCCGGGCACCGAGGCGCCCCUGGUCUGGAGGAAGGUCCACCCCAUGUUCAAGGAGGGGCUCAAGGCGUCCGCCCCGGCGGGCCCGGCCGCCACCGAGGCCCCCACGAAGCCGGCGGCAGGCACCCGGGAGGAGGAGGAAAAGGAGAAGGAGAAGGAGGAGGAGAAGGAGAAGGAGAAGGAGGAGGAGAAGGAGGAGAAGGAGAAGAAGGAGGAGAAGGAGGAGAAGGAGAAGAAGGAGGAGGAGAAGGAGGAGGCAGCGGCGCCCAAGGCGGAGGGGAGCGCCCCGCCCCCGGCCCUGGCCCCGCAGUGAGCCCGCCUCCCGCCCGGAGCACCAAGCCCCGUAGUGGGCGCUCUCACCCCUCUGCCCUUCUCCGCAGCGCCGCUCAUCCCCCCGCGGCCCCCCUGACCGCCCCGCCAGAUGCUGCCCCGCCACGUGGUCGUGCCCCGGUUCCCCGGACCCCGCUGCCGCCUGCCCCCCGGAGCCUCCGCUGUCUGCCGCUUUUCUCUAAAUAAAGAGUCACACCCACCAGG